AUGUCUUCACCAACAGCCCAACUUCGGCGUCGCCCAAGCCCGGCCAUAGUGCAGACAAAUGUCCAGCCUCAACACUCCAACUCGGCCCCCAUUUCUGCCAUAAGCGCCUCAUCCGUCGCCUCCUCUCGCCAGGCCUCCCCCGCCAUGUCGCCUGACACCGCCGUCCUUACCACCAAUUCCUCUCUCCAGGCCUCCCCGGAUGCCCCUCUCCCUCGACCUGACGACGACGUCUGCCCUCCCAACUUUCAGCUGCCAGAGUCAAUCGUCUCCCAUAAGACGAGCGUCAACUCACUGGCCCAGGGCUGGACUGGCAAUGGCAGCCAGCUGACCGAAAUGGCCAGCAACGGCCCCGCCUCGCCUGUUCCUACCCCGGCCAAGACUAACCUCAUCCGCCGCCUCUCCAGCCGCGCAUCUCGCAGCAUAAACAGUCGCCGGAGGCAGUCCUCCGCUGCUCCGUCUGGUCGUGACAGCAGUGUUGGCCCCUGUUUCCUGCGAAGCCGCUCCGAUAGCAACACCGGCGCUCCCCCCGAAUAUGCUCCCGCGCAUACAGACUCUGAGUCCGAAUUUGACGACAGAGAUGAGUUUGGCUCUCUGCUCCAGAACAACUUCAUGCUUGACGGCAGCGUCCGCGAUGUUCCUAAACCUCCUACUCGCAGCGCCACCUCGCCUGUUGGUGGAAGCUCAACCACCAUGGCUGGCCCGGUCAUUCCUCUGCAGCUCCAACAAGGCAUCUGGCUUCGCAAGAUUUCCAAAAAGAGCCGCUCUAAGAGGAUACGUCUGCAGUAUGACCCCGACUCCAACAAGCUCGUUUGGGACAAAGCCCGACCCCAAAAGUCGCUGCACGUCGACGAAAUCCGUGAGAUUCGCACUGGCUCCGACAUCCAGCAGUAUGGUCGCGAUUUCAAGAUUCCCGAAUCCGAGCGCUCUACCUGGUUCUCAAUUCUAUACUCUGUUCCUGAGCGUUCCAAGUCCAAGUUUAUGCAUCUCAUUGCCGACGACACCGAGGCCUGCAACAUUUGGACUACGUUUCUGCACGCUAUGCUACGUCAUCGCCAAGAAGUCAUGACUUCGCUCAUGUCCUUCAAUGACAAGGCCAUUGCCCAAUACUGGCAGACUGAAAUGGCAAAACAGCCUGACUUUGGCGGCGUUACCGAAGAGUUGGAUCUCGCCGGUGUGAGGCGCGUCUGCCAAAACCUCCACAUCUACUCCUCUCAUAUUAUAGUCCAGGCAAACUUUCGCAUUGCCGACGCACGCGGCCGUGAGCGUCUCAAUUUUGGCGAGUUUCUCGAGUUUGUCCGCCUCAUGAAGCAGCGCAAGGAUAUUCGCCACAUCAUGCACCUCAACUCGGCUAACCCCGAUCUUGGCAUGACGAUGCUUGAGUUUUUCACGUUCCUUCGCGAUGUGCAGGGUGAGGACGUUGACAGUAACCGCGCUACUUGGGAAAAGUCGUUUGCCCGACUUGCCCGAAAAUACCGAUCUGAAGGAGCUCAAGAAGGGGUUCCAGAGGGACCUGAGGAGCUCAUGUCCGAGGACGCAUUUGUCGCUUUCCUCAGCUCAAGGCACAACACGCCUGUCGCUGAUGAACCUCAAGACUACACCCUGGAUCGUCCCAUGAAUGAGUACUUCAUAUCUAGCUCCCAUAACACAUAUCUCCUUGGUCGUCAGGUCGCUGGUAGGUCUAGCAUCGAGGGGUACAUCGCUGCCCUCGUGCGUGGCUGUCGUUGUGUUGAAGUCGACUGCUGGGAUGGUUCAGACGGCCAGCCUCAGGUUGUCCACGGCCGCACCCUCACCACUUCCAUCAGCUUCAAGGAAGUCAUGACCACCAUUAACAAGUACGCUUUUGUCAAGUCCAACUUUCCUCUUUGGAUCUCCCUCGAGGUGCAUUGCAAUGCUAUGCAGCAAGCUAUCAUGGCCGAGACGAUCAAAGAGGCUUUUGGCUCUCGCCUCGUCACCGAGCCGCUCGACCCGUCCUCCACUAAGCUGCCAUCGCCCUCGGAGCUCAUGGGCCGCAUUCUCAUCAAGGUCAAGGAACCGCGCAUGCGCGAUGACAGCAACAUGAACAGCACGUCAAUCAUUGCUCAAGCCACCCGUGGCCGCGGCAACAGCGUCGGCUCCUCUAGCCAGGUAGCGCACGUCUCGCAAAGCCCCGCGCCCUAUAUAUCGCAUUCGCUUCCCCAGAGUCCUCUUCUUAGCGGUUAUCCCGGACGCGUGGCAAGCAACAGCCGUCAUCGCGUGCAAACUAUCAAUGAGGAAAUUCCCCCUAUCCGUGACAUGAGCAGCCACAGUGAUACCGAGAGUGGCAGCGACACCGGCUCUGCCAGCCAAUCGGCUAACAAGACCAUUCCUGUCCUGGGCAAACUUGGCGUGUACUGCGCUGGUGUCAAAUUUCCUGGCUUCGAUGCCCCAGCUGCCAAGAAGUUUAAUCACAUCUUUUCCUUUAUGGAGUCGAGUUUCUCCAAAAAUUCGCGUUCCAAGGAGGACAAAAUGUCUCUCAACAUUCACAACAUGCGCUAUCUGAUGCGCGUCUACCCUGACGGCACUCGCCUAGCGUCAAGCAACUUUGACCCCCUCCUCUAUUGGCGACGUGGUGUCCAGAUGGCUGCGCUGAACUGGCAGACGUUUGAUUCGGGCAUGCAGCUCAAUCGCGCCAUGUUUGACGGCGGUCGGGACUCGUCCGGCUACGUUCUUAAACCCCCAGAGUUGCGUGACAUCCAGGUGCUCCCUUACAACUCGGACAUAGCUCGUGGCAAAAAGGAGCGCUCCAUCGUUUCUUUUUCCAUUCACAUGCUGUCCGCGCAGCAGCUGAUGCGUCCCGCCAACCUCGCCGCCAGUAAGUCGAUGGACUUCUACGUCGAAGUGGAAGUCUUGCACGCCAAUGACAAGCGCGACAAGAAGGAGGAGCCUUUUGACCGCGACCGUGAGACGGACACGUCUCUCAAGUUCCAGACGGAAGUUAUUCGCGAGAAUGGCUUCUCGCCCAUGUUCAUGUCGAGCCAGUUCAAAUUCAAAGUGGUGACCAAGCACCCGGAGCUGGUUUUUGUACGGUGGUCCGUCAAAUUGUCCAACAACGGCGAAAGCUACAGCACCAAGGACCGCCCGCCGAUUGCAAGCUACACAGCCAAACUGUGCAACCUCAACAAUGGCUACCGCACGCUGCCGCUGCUCAACCACGCCGGCGACCAGUACCUCUUCUCGACACUAUUUUGCCGCGUACAAAAAUACAACACUGAGAAGACGCUCAUUGACGCGCCCCGCGCGCCCCCCGAUGGGAGCAAGCUGAACCGCUUCGGAGGCAAGGUCUUUGGACGCAGCAACACGAGCCCGCGCGGUACAAUUGAAAAGACGAGCAUGGAAAAGACGAGCUUUGAGAGCUUCAGCUAG